AUGGAUCUCGAUGUCCCCACCGCGAACGAUCCUCAGCCGUCCAUCUUCCGCUGGAUCCUAGGCUUCCUUAUGGUCGGCGCGUGUUGGGGACUCACAACUCCGUUCAUGCGGAAAGCAGCCAUGAACUACAAUCCUCCCCAACGGCCCUCACUCGACGAUCCAAACAACUCGUGGAUGAAGAAGAAGGUGUUGGGGAUUUGGUAUGCCGUGAUAGGAGUGCUCAGCAGACCGGCAUAUGCAGUACCGCUGCUGUUGAACGUCACUGGCAGCAUAUGGUUCUUCAUACUGAUUGGAAAGGCUGAGUUGAGUCUUACAGUUCCGAUCACCAACUCGCUAGCCUUCUUGUUUACAGUGCUGGGAGAGUGGUGGGCAGAGAAGAAGGUCAUCAGCAGAGACACUUGGAUAGGCAUGGCUUUUGUGCUAGCUGGCAUCGGAUUAUGCGUACAGAGCAAGUCGUAG